UUUAUGUUCACUGCAUUACGGAGACUCUGCCACAACUCGAAAAUAGUUCUUGAGAAGCCAAGUUUGGUUGUGUUCCUUGGGGCUCCAGGUGUCGGGAAGGGUACUUAUGCAUCAAGAGUGGCUCCCUUGUUAGAUUUCUCCCACGUCAGUUUAGGAGAAGAAUUUCGAACGGAAAGCAAACACAAUGUAUGGCUGCGUUCUCUUCUCGAGGAAGGAAAGCUGGUACCAGAUGAUUUUGUUCUCAAUCGUGUUUUGAGCAUUAUUCGAAAUUUGUCGUCUAAAUGCCAAGGUAUUAUUCUGGAUGGCUUUCCAAGAACCCGUGAGCAGGCUGUAUCUCUGAAUAGAGUUUAUGAAGUGGAUGCUGUCUAUCGCUUGACGUUGCGUGAAGACAUUUUAGUUCAUAAAAUGAGUUUCCGUCGCGUGUGCCAUACUUGUGGAAAGACUUUUAACCUUGCGAACAUAACAGAGCCAGGAUAUGAAAUGCCACCUUUACUUCCUCCUUCUAGUUGCCAGGGACCUUGUGAGUUGGUACAAAGGGAUGAUGAUAAGGAAGAAGUGGUUCGUUCAAGACUGAAAAUAUAUCGUGAAAUGGAGGCACCGAUUGAGCAGUUCUAUAAUGAACGUGGUAUACUAUAUACUUUUGAGCUCAAAGGAGGUGUGUCGAAGAUGCUUCCAGAGUUGGUUUCCUUCAUGUCGAAAACACUGCCAAAUCAUUGCUCCCUAAGACGAAUUUCUGGUUGAACAUUAGUCAGCAGGAUAUAUAUAUAUAUAUAUUAGUUUUCUGAAAUCGUAAUUUUGUAGUUUUAAAAGCUCAUUUCUUGACCCGAGUUUAGACUUUGCACUGAAAAAAACUAUGCACAAUGAAAAACAUUUUGAAAUA